AUGUCUGUACUAGACGACAUCUCCUACACGCUUGACAAUGUCGAUGUCAUCCGCGUGGCGGCAAGCGACAUUGAUAACACCUUUCGAUCACAUUGUACCGAGCUUGCGUCCACAGCCAUCGGAGGAAAGGUGCUCGCCUAUUCCGACCAGUGGUUCGCCGAAGCCGCUAACCUCCUCACUCCCACGCCGCCAAUCAGGCAACCGGGCAAGAUGGUUUACACCGGAGCCUGGUACGACGGGUGGGAGACGAGGCGGCACAACCCAGAGACCUUUGACUGGGUUAUAAUCCGCCUCGGAGUCGCCUCGGGGACGGUGCAAGGCAUUGAGGUGGACACUGCCUUCUUCUCGGGAAACCACGCCCCUGCCAUCUCGGUGGAAGGGUGCUUCAGCCAGGACGACGACGAGGUGGUAUCUUGGAAGAGUAACAGAGGGAAGUGGGAGACGAUUCUGGGGUUCCAGGAAUGUGGGCCCUCGGAACGGUUUGGCUGGAAGCUCCUCAACCCCACGGGCAAGCAGUACACGCACGUGAGACUCAACAUGUACCCGGACGGCGGCAUUGCCCGGUUCCGCGUUUACGGCGAUGCCGUCCCUGUGUUCCCCGAGGACCCCGCCGCCGUCAUUGAUCUCGCGGCGGCUCAGAACGGCGCGGUCGCUGUCUCCUGUAGCGACCAGCACUUUAGUAAGAAGGACAACCUGCUGCUUCCCGGGAGAGGCAAGGACAUGGGUGACGGGUGGGAGACGGCGCGGUCCCGAACAAAGGGGCACACCGACUGGGUGGUGGUCCGACUUGAGGCAACUUUCCCUGCCGUGCGGAUCGAGGCCAUCAGCUGGGACCACGCCUCGGAGCCUGGGCCCGAAGCGGCAUGGGAAACCAUAUUGGAGCCGGCCAAAUGCGGCCCGGAUGUGGAACACGAGUUUGAGGUGCUGCAGGGCGUCGUCUCCGGAGCUGUCACGCACGUAAAGCUCGUCAUCAUUCCUGAUGGUGGGGUGAAGAGGCUACGAGUCUACGGAACAAGGGAAAUCAAGUCAUAG